AGCUCAAUUUGACUGCUGAAAUUAAGAAAUCAUGGCUUGCAAGUGUGACUGCAAAAACAAGCAAUGCAAGUGCGGAGACAAAUGUGAAUGCAGUGGAGACAAGUGUUGUGAGAAGUACUGCUGUGAGGAGGCCAGUGAGAAAAAAUGCUGUCCAGCUGGAUGUAAGGGAGACUGCAAGUGUGCAAACUGUCAUUGUGCAGAGCAGAAGCAGUGCGGAGACAAGACCCAUCAACACCAGGGAACUGCUGCGGCUCAUUAAAAUGUUUCAGAGUUGAAUCUGAAAAUACCACAAUUCCUACUAAACUGUGAACAUCCUACUAAAUUGUAAUUACCUCCGAGAUUUAUGUAAACUAAUAAAUGUGUAUAUUACUUG